UCUCGCCCUUAUAUGACCCGCGCCUUCAUCCCGCACUCUUCUCCACGCAAACUCGUACGCCACUCUGCAGCAGAGGUAGUGACCAGUGAGAACUACGAGCACGUAGCAGACGGUCGUGGCUUUACGUGCUCUCGUGCGUGCGUGCGUGCGUUCCGAAGCCAUGGCACGCAGCGUCUCGUUGCUGCUUCUUUCGGUGCUGCUCUCGUGCAGCUGGUGCGGGGCCGUCACGGCGCGGCCGGGGCCUUCUUCCGUUGACGCCGCGGCGGCGGGCUUCGUGAAGUCGUGGUGCGCGGGGACGGAGUACCCGUCCCUGUGCGACGCGACGCUGGCCUCGUACGCGGCGGAGGUCGGGGCCAGCCCGGUGCGCCUGUCGUGGGCCGCGCUGACGGUGACUCUCGGCGGCGCGCGCAACGCGACGGCCGCGAUGAAAGGGAUGGCGGCCGCGGGCCACCUGGCGCCCGUGGCGGCGGAGGCGGCGCAGGACUGCGUGAGCAUGCUCGGGGACUCCGUCGGCAUGCUGCGGCAGUCGGUGGAGGCCAUGGCGCGCCUCGGGGAGGAGGAGCAGAAAGGGAAGGCGGCGGGGGGCGGCAGCAGCAGCAGCAGGAACGUGAGGUUCCAGGUGGACAGCGUAAAGACGUGGGCGAGCGCGGCGCUGACGGACGACGACAUGUGCAUGGAGGGGUUCAAGGGGGAGGCCGCGGGCGGGGGUGGCGCGAGGGAGGCCGUGCGCGGGCACGUCGUCGGCGUCGCGCACCUGACGGCCAACGCGCUCUGCAUCGUCAACGCCAUGGCCAAGCAGAUGCCGUAGGUCACACACACAAGAUACUCAAGUGCAUGCUUCUUGUGUAUACACCAUCACCACGUAGAUGCCUUGUGCAUACGCAUACGUCUUUUGCAUGCUGUGGCAGUAUGAGAUCAUUAUAGUGAUAUUAGCAUGGUCGCAUCUGAUUAGCAGAAUGAUGUGUUACAGCCGCCAAUGGAAGAGUCACGGAUUAAUUGUCGUGUCGUGCAUGUUGGUCCAUGUAUUUUUAUGAUAUAGUACAUGCAUGAUUGGUUAUUGC